CCAUACUGCGAUGUGCUGGCAGCCGUUUGCCAUGAUGUGAGGCGUGCUUGUUAGUGAGGCACACAGCCCUGCAAACACACGUUGGCGAGAUGCUGGGGCGAAGCGACGACAUCCCGCAGACGUCGUUCAUCCCGGUGAUGGCGAUUCGACAGCUCUUGUCGUCCGUGCCAGCUGUCAAGAUGCGAACUAUAAUCGGCAUGGAGAAGAUGCAGGAGAGUCGAGACAGGUGCAGUUAGCGGAGGAUUUGGACAACGCAUCGCUCGCCUCUCUGCAUGUUGACGCAGAGCUGCACCUGCAUACCCACAAGGCCGGUAUCAAUUUGCGGGCUAAUACUAGCAGCGACAUCCACCGUGUCCGCCUCGCCGUUUACUCGCUCUCCUACAGUCGUUGUCGUGGUGGUUGUCGCAGACACACCUACCGUUCGCUCCUUCGAACUCAAGUGGAAGCCACCCCGCACCUCUCGGUCCCUCACGCGAAUCUGGAGUGUGUGCGGCCCGUCAAUAUCGACUCGGACCGCCCAAGACAAUCGCAUUGACCUCCGCUACACCGCCUGCGAGAGCUGUCGCAGCUUUAACAACGUCGCGUCACCUCGCGCGCGGGGAAUCGGAGCUGGAGAAGAGUCGCGAUGCGCUGUUCGCCGCCUUUAUCUGAUUUUCCAGCCACCCUGCAUCCCCUUUCUCCUUGCCUGACGAAGUUCCUGCGUCGCCUCAUCCAACCGACGCUGUAAUUGGUCCACUUCUAAUCCCAGUCAU